AUGCAUCUCCCCCUAAGAAAAACCACCCUCCUCGCCCUCACCCUCACCACCCCUUCCACCGCCCUCCAACCCCGCCAAGCCAUCACCGCGCCCGCCGCCGAAUUCUCCUCCGCCGCCGCCCAGCUCAUCUCCCUCUACCUGCCCGCGUCCGUGCAAUCCGCCAUCGCGUCCGCCGCGUCGGCGGCGAGUGUUACGGGCGACCCGGCCAGCGUCGUCGAGGCGGCGUUCACGGCGUCCGCGACCCCGGCGUGGUUCGCGGCGCUGCCGACGCAGUAUGCGAGUAAUGUUGAUGCGCUGGAGAGCGCGAUUUCGCAGCUGCGGGGGCAGGCGAGCACGGGGGUGCCGGGAGCGCCGAGGGUGGUUGUUACGACGGUGAAGGGCGGGGAGACGAUUACGACGAUUACUGGGGGAGCGACAUCGGCGAGUUCGGCGACGGGGGCUGUGAAGAGUGCUGAAAGUGCUGCUUCUUCAGCGCUGUCAUCGGGACUCUCGAGUGCAUCUUCGGUAGCCUCAUCAGCUCUCUCUAGUGCGUCUUUGGUUGCGGCAUCAGCAUCGGCGUCGUUGAGUAGUGUGCUGAGUAGCUUGUCCGCGUCGGUGGCUGCGGCGAGCUCGACGUCGACGUCUUCGGGUUUUGCGGUUCCGACGAGGGUGCCGGUGACUGCGGUGGGAGUGUUUGGGAUGUUGGGGGCUGUACUGGCGUUGUAG